UCAGCUGGGAGCAGCAGCUUUACAGUACUUUGCAACCAAGUGCCCAAGCCUUGAAGGACUGAGGUCCUUGAAAUAGAGCUGCUGGGCUGGGGGAACUGUGCAGGGCACUGGCUGUGCCCUGGGCAGCCCUGGGAGCAGGAGCGGGGAUGUGGCUGGGGGAGGAGGAGGCACAUGUCGCAGGGAUGCUCCUGGGCUCGCUGCGCCAGCUCUCUGCCCUCUCCCUGCGCGCAGCGCUGGCCGGCGAGGUGCUGCCCGCGGCGCAGCCCGGCCAGACCCGCCUGCAGGUGGACAGGUUCGAGGUGACGCUGGUGGACGUGCCCGGGGGCCAGCGCUCCCGCGGUGCCUGGCGCAGCCACUACAGUGCGGCCCACGGGCUCCUCUUCGUCCUGGACUCCAGUGACCUGGCGCGGAUGGAGGAGGCCCGCAAGGUCCUGAGCCGCGUCCUGAGCCAUCCCGACGUCUCCGGGAAGCCCAUCUUACUGCUGGCCAACAAGCAAGACGCGGCGGCCGCGCUGCUGCCCUGCGAGCUGAUCGAGCGCCUCUCCCUGGAGCGGCUGGUCAACGAGAACCGCUCGCCUUGCCGCAUCGAGCCCUGUGCCGCCAAGCGGGGCCCCCCCGCCGGCCCGGGCCGCGCCACCCUGCAGGGGCUGCGCUGGCUCCUCCGCGCUGCCACGGCCGCCCCGGGACCGCCGCCCGCCGCCGCCCCGCCGCCCGGCCCCGGCCCCAGGGCAGCCCGCGGUCGCCCGCCCGCCCGCAGGUGGGUGCGGGGCUCCGUGGGUGCGUGUCCCCGUCCCCGUUCUCCCCCCUCCCCGCCGCGGGGCUCGCCCGUAUCCCCCGCCGUGCUCUCGCCCCGCCAGGGACCCGCCGCCCCCCGGGGAGGAUGCCCCAAACGGCGCGGGGAAGAUGGGGGAGUACCGGCCGCUGCGGCCCAUCCGCCGCCUCCUCCCCCUGUGCAGGGCAUGAAAAAGAGAAAGAAGAAGAAAAUCAAGAAUAAAAUCAAGUCGCAGGAACCUGCUGUGGAGCAGCAGCGUGAGGAGGUCUCAAGCACUUUUGAUUUGUACCGCCGGGCAAUGCUGGCUCUGAAGAUGAGGCAGGAGCAGAGGAAGCAGCAGUCUGCCAUUGUCCCCUGAGUCGGAAGGCACGUCCCAGGGGAUUCCAGAAUGCAGUGGUAGUGGGACCCAUGCUCAUUCAGGGCUUCUGGGGUGCUUGGCCAGGGCUGGCCAUCCUGGACAAUGGGUCCUGGGGCAUGAACAGCAUCGUUGUCCUCUGCAUGGCUUGAAAACCAGGGAUCUGCAGGAGCGAGCCAAAAGUCCCUUUGUAAAACGCCUCUCUGGCAGCAAACUCGUCUGAAAAGGGAACAGCCGGCCACUCGCUGAGCCCAUGUUAGUAUUCUGUGGAAGACUCACUCUGAACCCAGCCGAGCCUGUGGAAGAGAGGAAGAUCAGAGCAAAUAUCCCAGAGGAAAAGCUCGUCUCUUGAAUUGUCUUAUGCCCAGGCAAAGCUCUCUUCACAGGUCAGGGGCUGGCUUGGCCCCUCAGUCAGUGCCUGUCUGAUGCCUGACACAUCUAAUUUCAUGCUGGUGAAGUUGGGAGGGCAGUUACAGAUGGUCCGCAGGAGAGCUUCAUCCAGUCCCCAGCCACAUCUGGCAGGGCUGACAGGAGCCCCCUCACACGGUGGAGGAGGGUGAUGCCCGUGUUGUCUGCACAUCUUUGCAGCUUGUCAGUGAAGGCUUGCGUAGUUCAAUGGCAGACAGCUUGUGGUGGAGCCACUGGAGGCUCCUUCCCAGGAGGAGAACGUUCCUCCUGAUCUGGCCAUACUCCCCGGAGGACACUGGUGACCCGCAGGUAAUGCAAAAUGCUCCCGUGUCACUGACAGCCUGGCACCUGCAGUCCAGGGCAGUCCCUGAUCUGUGCUCAGCUCAGCUUUGAGACGGGAGAGCAAGCAGCAUCCGCAUCCCAACACAAUCCAUCCGUGACACACACUGUGUCCGGCAGAGCCAGGCUGUCGUGGGGACGGGGCUGUGCCAGAGGGCUCGUCCUGCCCAGCUCCGUCUGGGUGCAUGUGCUGGGAAACCAACCGUCAUCCCUGGAAACACUUUACAUGAAGUCAGGAGUGCAGCAGUUUUCCCUCCGUGGCUGCAACAGCGUUGGGACUUGAGCUGCGCUCAGCAGUGGAGCGUGAGUCACCUCUGCUCCUGUGAUCACUGAUUAACAGGCAAUGCCUUCGCAGUCCGGGGGAAGAAAAAUUGGUAAAGCCUUUCCCUGAGCAGGGCUGAAAAGGGAAAAGAAAAUAAACUCCUGCUACUCUGCCUUGCAGUCUGCUGUAAAGUUUUGUCUAACUCUGCCGGAUUCAAUUGUCAGUGACUAUAGGGAUUAAUUGUA